UUAGCAUGGAUUAGUAGCCUCGUUCAGUAGAUGGAUUCAUAUUAGACAGAUAAUAUUAUAAGAAAAAAAUUCACAGAAUUAGAGUAAAACUAUCAAAAAUUUUAUCACAUGAAUACUAGUAAUUGCGCUGAUGUAUAUUCAAGUGCAUUAUGUUCGCUUUCCAGCGUAUCAAGUGUACGGCAUACAGAAUUGUUCAUGCGUUAAUUAAUUCUUCCAUUCGAGUGGACAGACACCACAGCAUAGUGAAAUAGAAAAUUCAACUACACAGUCUAGUGCUAUUGUUUCGAUCAGUAAAUUCUUAGGCGCAGCGUGUUUAUCACGCUAAAACAUAAGAGAAAUGAAGCUCCUGCGUGCAGUUUGAUGUCUGUACAUAUGGUAUCGUAAUAAAUUAUGGACUUUAGAGAAAUUCUUUGAUCUCUCAUUCGUGUAAACAGAUAAGAGCCAGUUGGGUUCACGAGUAUAAUUUGAUAAGGCUUUUUGGCGUCGGUGACAUGAGCGUACAACGGUUGUGUGGUGGAAGAAUAUUAAAAACAAGCACAGCUUAUCGGUACUUGGCAGUCCAUAAUCUAUAUACGCUUUGCUGAAAAUUAACACUUUGGAUGUUCUUGAAACGAUAAGUUAAUUCUUUAGCAAGUACCUCGGCGGCAAGAUGUACAGAAAUUUAUUUCCGAUCAGCACGAAAUGUGGUGGUAUUAGAACACGUGUUAUUCCAGGAGGGGUAUCAGUUAGAAACCGACAUAAUUUUACUUAUAGAAUACCACAACGGGUGUCUGCCAAAAGUUAUCACAGUGAAAAUGGCGUUUAUGGAUACAAGUUACAAUACAAGAAGUACUACGAAGUACCCAGAGAAAAUCUGACGUCGCGAGUUAAAUACAGCAAUUUUUACAGACUAGUCACAGCCUACAGAGAACAUGGCCAUAAACAAGCCAAUAUAAAUCCUAUAGCGUUAAAAGCCCCCAGCCCGGUUCCAGAGUUAAACCUUAACAAAUUCGGCCUCAACAUUGACGACAGAGUAUCAUUCGAAGGGAUCUUGAAUACGGAUAAAACGACAGGAACUGUAGGCGAGGCGUUGGAUGUUCUGAAAAACGUUUAUACUGGUAGCAUAGGUGCAGAAUUCAGUUACCUGGAAUCUGAAGAAGAAAGAGAAUGGUUUGCCCAAAACUUCGAAGAGAUUUAUAUGGAGCCGUUGGCCACAGAAAAAAAGAGAAAAAUUGCUACAGAAAUGCUGAAGAGUCAAGCGUUUGAUAAUUUCAUAUCCAAGAAAUUUGUGACUUUCAAAAGAUACGCGGGAGAAGGCGCCGAAAGUAUGAUGGCAUUUUUCCACGAGUUUUUUGAACAGGCAGCCGCUGAUAAAUUGGAUCACAUCAUAAUGUGUAUGCCACACCGAGGGAGAUUGAAUUUAUUAACUGGAAUGCUGAAGUUUCCCAUAGAAAAGCUAUUCCACAAGUUACGAGGGUUUUCAGAAUUUCCAGAAAAUGCCAAAGCUACUGGAGAUGUGGCAAGUCAUUUUACCUCGUCCGCAGACCUCUUUUUGAAGGGAAGAAUGAUUCACGUUACAAUGCUGUACAACCCGUCCCACUUGGAAGCUGUAAAUCCGGUGUCCAUGGGAAAAACUAGAGGAAUAAUGCAGGUGGUGGGAGAUGGGGCCUAUUCUCAUGGAGACGAAUUGCCCUGGAGUGAGAAAGUACUAAAUCUUCAGGUACAUGGUGAUGCAGCUUACUCGGGUCAAGGUGUCAAUCAGGAAUCCUUGGCACUAUUUGCAGCUCCACACUUUGAAGUUGGUGGCUCGGUGCAUUUGGUUGUCAAUAACCAGUUGGGUUUCACAACUCCAGCAGCCAGAGGACGGUCAUCCAGAUAUUGUACCGAUGUGGCAAAAAGUAUAUCUGCUCCAGUGUUGCAUGUCAAUGGGGAUGAUCCUGAAAUGGUGGUACGCGCUACAAAGUUGGCCUUCCGGUAUCAACGGACAUUCAGAAAAGACGCUUUUGUGGAUCUGAACUGCUUUAGAAGAUGGGGACACAAUGAACUAGAUGAUCCUACAUAUACCAAUCCGGCCAUCUACAAGAUUAUACAAGGUCGCAAGUCAACACCAGAUUUAUAUGUGGAGAAACUAAUAAAUUCUAAAAUCAUAACACCGGAUGAAGCAAAAUCUAUUAUCUCUGAACAUACAGCUUGGUUAGCAGAAUCUUUGAGGCAAGUGGACAAUUACGUACCAGAAGCAGUGUAUUUGAGUGGAAGAUGGUCAGAGAUGUCCCAAGCUACAGCUAGUGUUUCGAAAUGGAAUACGGGUGUUGAUCUGGAUCUGUUGCGAUUUGUUGCAGAAAAAAGUGUGCAAUGUGAUGGAUUGGAGGUUCAUCCACAUCUUUUCAAGUCACACAUCGAGGCAAGACGGAAAAAAAUUGCUGAUGGACUGGCUCUUGAUUGGGCCACUGCUGAAGCACUGUCCUUUGGCUCUCUACUUCACGAAGGCUACAAUGUCAGAUUGAGUGGACAGGAUGUUGGUCGAGGCACGUUUUCACACAGACACGCCAUGUUGGUUGAUCAGUCUACAAGUGGCAUUUACAUACCUCUGAACUCAAUGACCAAAGAUCAAACUGGAAAGCUGGAAAUAGCAAACAGUAUUUUAUCCGAGGAAGCAGUCCUUGGCUUUGAGUAUGGUUUGAGCAUAGCAUCACCAACAGUGCUUCCAAUAUGGGAGGCACAAUUCGGGGAUUUUUUCAACGGUGCCCAGAUCAUCAUUGACACAUUCAUUAAUAGCGGCGAAGCUAAAUGGAUGGUGAACAGUGGGUUGACCAUGCUUUUACCACAUGGCUAUGAUGGUGCUGGACCGGAACAUAGCUCUUGUAGAAUUGAGAGAUUUCUACAACUAACAGAUAGUCACGAAGACAGACCUGACGGAGAUGAUGUGAACAUACAGAUAGCUAAUCCUACAACACCGGCGCAGUACUUCCAUUUGCUUAGGAGACAGAUGGUGAGGAACUUCCGCAAACCACUUGUUAUUGUAGCACCAAAAAUUUUGCUUAGACAUGCUUCUGCAACUUCUCCUUUGUCUGAUAUGGGAGUGGGAACGGGUUUCAUCAAUGUCAUUGGGGAUAGCACAGUUGACCCAGAUAUUGUAAAGAAAGUAAUCUUUGUCAGUGGCAAACACUAUUAUGCCUUGAACAAAGAAAAAGAACUUCGUGGAUUGAAAGAUGUUGCAAUAAUCAGAUUAGAGAGUCUCUGCCCAUUUCCGAUUCUGGAAGUUCUUGAAGAGAUCCGAAAGUUCAAGCACGCAAGAACUUUCAUAUGGAGUCAAGAAGAACCACAAAAUAUGGGAGCAUGGAAUUUUGUAAAGCCACGUUUUGAAAAUUUAUGUGGACGACAGCUCAAAUACUCUGGUAGGCAACCUAUGGCUGCACCUGCAACUGGUAUAGGACAAGUACAUCAACGGGAGGCUCAAGAAGUAAUUGUUCAGCCAUUCUUAUUUGCUUAAUAUUGAUACUUGAUCAAAAAUUUUCCCGUGCCCCUUUAUUAAAAGAUAUAAUUGGACAUACUAAGACCUCAAAAAUCAGAAAAGAAGGAUUGAAGUUGAUUAUUGAACAUAAUAGAUUAUGUACGACGUAUAGAAAUGUACAUAUUCUCCCAACUCUCGCGAAAUCAAAAGAUGAUUCGAAGACAUGCGCAAUGAACUGGGCCUGUGAACCAGAGUUCCGAGUCGUAGGCGCAUAUUAUUUACUUAAAAAGAUGUUAUCAGCUUUUGAAUUUGUUUCAUCUAUACGACAAGGCAAUAAACAAAAGAUCUCAGAUGAAAUAUUCAUAGCGGCAUUAAAUAGGGUAUUUCUUAGUUCAGUGUUUAAUACUGAAUCUAAUGAUUCUUCUAAUGAAUCUAAUGGUUCUUAGUUAUAACUUGAUCCGUUAUAUGACUUCUUCAAAGAUAUACAUAUCUGAUAACAGAUUUUCCAUGUCAUUCGAUAUUGCUUCAAGAGAAAUGCUACUGAACUCGAUAGUUUUUCUAAAAUAAAUUACUAAAAUAGUA